AUGAACAAAGUGAGCCUGAGCUUGCUUACCACGGUAAACGCUAUCGGAUUUAUUCAUAUUUUUGUUGUUGCGAGUGAACCUGAGCAUGAGCUGUCGGUGUCGAAAUUCCUGUUUCUGUUCUCAUGCAAAAAAGCCGGUUGCAUGCUUCAAAAAAUUCAAACUUAUUCGGAAAGAGCAGUCCGUCGUCGAGAUGAGAGGAGUCGUGUUCUGGAAGAUGUUUCGAUGACGUCGUGUGUCCUGAUUGAAAACGUCGCUCGGAGUCACGCCAUGCAUGUUCGACUAAGAAAGUAUCUUCUGAUGUUAUGA